AUGUAUCUUAUUGCGUUAUUAUCAAAAAGUAACGUUCAGAACUUUUUUGGGGAGACUGCAAUGAGAUUUAAUGUUCAUUUGCUAUUACACGCAGUUGAAUUUGUUCGUAAAAGUGGCCCAUUGUGGGCAAAUUACGCAUAUCCUCACGAAAGUAACAUUCAUUUUUUAAAAAUGCUUAUUAACGGUGCUAAA